AGUAAAUGAUAAGAAGAAAAUUUAUCGUUGAUUUUGUAUCUUUUGUUUGUUUAACAUUCUAGGUAAACGGUGAAAUAAACCAAUAUACAGACAAGUGAGCUCAUAGCUGUUUUUCUUCUCAAAAGUGAUUUUGAUAUGUUUAAAAAUAGUUAUUUCAAGAAUUUUUAAUUUCAAACGUUACAUUGAAUUUUCAAGAUAUUUUUAACGUAAGCGUUAUGAAAACGAUUAUCAAUGUAAUGGAAAAUACAGUGGCAAUUUUCUUCUUUAUUUUUUUAUUUGUUUCUAUGAUGGAUGCAAAAAGGAGAGACAGAUUUGAUAUCAUAGAAAAAAGAAUUGGUGGUGUAGAAACACGAAUAAGUAUAGUUGAAACACGAAUAAAUUCUGACAACGAACUGGCAAAAUCAUUGCAACAAAACUUCGAGGAGCUUAAUAAUUCUGUGAUAAAUUUCAAGGAUCAAAUGUGUCCCACAAUGCAUCAACAGACAGGAAAAGAGAAGCAGACUAGUUCUCCAAAACGUGUUGAACUUCUAAAGUCAAGCCGAAUACUAGUGUCUUUAGGACUUAAUAGGGAAAAACAAUGGACAAGAGAUCAAGUGGAAAAGCUUACGGGUCAAGUGAAUGAUCAAACUGAUCUGCUAAAAAGGAACUUCUCGGAGCUUAAAAACGAACUCAAAGUUGAAAAAGAAGAAUUGGAAAGCAAUCUAGAAGUGAUAAAUGCAAAACUUGAUGAAAAAAUCCAAACAAAACUGAACAAACUGGACGAAAUAAUCACAAAUAAUGUUAUAGAUAUCACCCAAGUGUUUCUAAAGAGUCACACCACAGAGAAGCUGAUAAGUACCCAGCAGAGAGAAAUAGAAGCUUUAAAAGAAACUCAAGCAAAACUUUUAAAUGCUUUAAUUUCUACAAAAUUGGUAAAUUAUGAUUAUACAUGUCUAUCGGACUGGACAAAAUAUUCAUCGUACUGUUAUUUGGUUGUUCAUGAGUUAAAAACGUUCAAUGAAGCUCGUGCCCAUUGUAAGCGACUAGAAGCAACCGUGUCCGACAUUGAAAAUGAAGCAGAGAAUACCUUUAUCAUGAGGUUUAAAGUGCGUGAUUAUUUUUAUGCAUGGAUCGGUUAUUCUUACGAGAAAGAGGAGGGUACUUGGAUAUCAGAAAGAACUGGUCAACAUGCAUCAUUCACAAAUUUUGUAACCGGUCUACUCGAUGGAGGUACUCGUGAGAAUUGUGCUGUUAAUUAUAUCGGUUCAAGUCUAUGGGUUGUCGUUCCAUGUUACAAAAGAUACCAAUUUAUUUGUAAAAAAGAUGUCCAGAUAGAUUUAAAGUUGUGAACAUCAGUAUAUAUUUUUAAUUCAAGGCUGAUUGAACCUUUUGGUAAUUAAAAUGCUUGCUUUAUUUACAAUAUUGUACAGUCAUAACUUGUAAGAUUGAAUUUUAUUUUAUGCUUUUCAGUGGAUUACUGAUUUAUCCGUGAAAAUUAUAUUUGGUAAUUUCACAGUGAAAAUUAUCAAAAUAUAAUUUCACUUUUUUCAAUGACGAAACUACUUUUUUAAGAUUUCCCCAUGUGGUACCUCAAUUUUAUUUUUGUUGACAAUUCUGACAAUGUCAGGCUGUUUAAAGAAAAAGCAAAGCUGAAAUUGAUAAAUACCUUAAACGUCAAAAUUACUUAAAAGAAGAAAACUUACUUCUAUUCAUUCAAAUUCCAAACACCAAAUUUCGUCUCUAAAUUUUUUGUUUCAUUUUUACAGUCUGAAAAAUACAUUCCUUCCACAUGCAGACUGCUCUUGAUGACAUUUGGGCAUAUUAAAGUAUCCUACGAGUAAUAACUGCCGUAUGCUUUAUGAAAAAUUGAAAAGCAAUGACAGCUACAGCUCGUAGAACAAUUAAACCACCCAGCGUUCCGAGCAAGUUCCAAGUCUUCCAUUUUCAUAGCUGCUUUUUUCAUGUUUUCACAUCUGUCAACACUUAUUUUUUGUCUGUUUCAAUCCUCAAAUAUGUUUUCUUUCUUUUAAAAAGGUGUAUGAUUAACAAUUCCAAAUGAUAUCCCUCUGAAUCAAACACAAUUAUUUUCCUCCCGUGAAAUACACAACUUUAAAAAAUGGCUGCCGCUUACAUUUAACAAAGCCAGGUCUAAUAUAAAUUCGCAGUAAGUAACAGAAAUAUGGAUGGAUGGUUGGAAUUUUCUCCUACACGAAUUGUUUGUUUUUAUUAUUAAAACAAGCGAUCAUUCAUAUUUUUUAAACAAAAUAAUUAAUAUCACUGUCAUUUAAUGUUGACUGUCGGACUUAUUUUUCAGCUCAAGACUUCUUGUUUUUAAUGAGAAAUUCGCACGAAAUGGGGCUCUCAAUGGGGAAACAUAUUUUAAUAUUUAUGUUAAUAUUAUGGAAAUUUCGUUUAAACUUGUUUUUUAGCAUAAAAUAAAAAGAAAAUUUGUUUGUUUGUUGUGUAAGAUGUAAUUUUAUUUCAUCUCGUGAACUUUAAAAACAGUAUUCUCACUCGUGGCUACGCCACUCGUGAGAAUACUGUUCUUAAAGUCCACUCGAUGAAAUAAAAUUUCAUCUUACACACAAACAAACAAAUAUCCUCUAUAUAAUGCCAGUUUAUAUCAUUGUAAAAUUUUAACUUGUAUGCCUGAAUUUUUGCCUUUGUCUUCUUGGUUCAGUAUGACUGAAUAUGUUGUUUAUUUUGAUCUAAAAAAUCACUUAAUUAUCAGGUUGAAUGAUUUGACCUUUACAAAACAUCUUUUCAUUGGUCUAAAUUUAUUUAUGCAUCAUAUUGGCAUUACAAUUUUUUAUUGGUCGUUUAUAUCAUUGGCGGUAAAAUAUUUUCUUUCUUUUCUCCUUGACAAUAUUUGUCAUUCUGUAUAAGUUGACCAUUAGGAUCACAUGUUUUUUAAAUUGAAAUUUCCCACCCUACAGUACCCACCCUUUAAACAUUUAGAUACUUUUUAUAUGAAUGAAUAAAAGUAUUUGGAUAUUGGUUCAUUCAUUGAUGUAUUUCAGUGUUUAAACUGCAACAUGUGUUGUUUGUACUGUAAGUUGAGUGACAUUUAUGUUGUUAUGGUAGAGCUCUAUUAUGUUGUUGAUGUCUUUGCCUGAGACUCAUUGAAUCUCAGGAAAGGCUAAAUCUUGCAAGCUGGUAACGGCCAGUCUUGAAGAUUAUACUACUAAGGAGAUGUUAUGGCAAUCUCUUAGUAGGUCUUUAUGGAGAAUAUUAUAUUUGAAUUAUUAUAAUUGUAUUUGCAAGAUGAAUAACAUAGCAUUUUGAUUUGAUGACUUAUGAAAGUCACACAUUGAUAAUUUGAUUAUAUGUGCUUUGUGAAUUUGAUAUAUGAUUCAAGUGAUCCAUGGUACACGUAUACCUAAAUACAUUCUUUAACCUGAACUUUGCUUUUGUCUUUUAUUAUAAAUGAAAACUUAUAAUUAUAAUUUUCAAUUAUAUUUCUCUUUGAUUUGUAAUGAGAAAACUUUUUCUUUUUCUACCGUUCGUAUUUUGAAAACAGCUCAAGUAUUUAAUGACAUGUACAUGUAUAGGUUUUAUCAAUACAUAAAUCCGGAUUGAUAAGGUUUAAAUUUCAUUUCACAAGGCGGCAGCUCAUUCCACUUUUCUCAGUGCUUAAUAAUUAUGCAAGUAAAAACAACGUAGAAAAGGGGCAUAAUUCUGCAAUGUAUGAAUGCAUUUAAUUUCUUUUUGAAUAUAUAAUGUCAAGUUAAAAUAACUGCUCAUUUGUAACACGCUUUAUGGAAAUAAAGAUAUAAAAUGA